CUUGUUAGCCUAGUUCUAUCCUGGCCCUGUUUCUGAUUUGGUCCGUUUAGUGGUUAGCUCUUUCGUUCAGUCGUUCAGUCGAUUCAAGUGUCGACUUGAGUGCUCAAUACUUCGUUUCUAUUAGUCGGAAACCGCGCAACCGAAGGGGUUGAGCACUCUCUGUACUUUCUACCGUGCGCCGUUAGUUUUUUUAUUCCCAAUCGUUACAACUCAGUUGAGAUCCAACGAUCAAGACCAUCAGUGCCGAACGCGCAACUGUACACCUGGAAACUGACGCAGCUACACACCCCAACGCUUGAGAUUUUAAAGCAAUGGCGACACCCAUGAUGCAAGCUCGGCUACGAAAGGUGCAGGCGAUAGCCAGCAACCAGGCGUGCGCGGACUGCGGCUGUAAGAACCCGCAAUGGGCUUCCGUGACCUACGGCAUCUUCUUCUGCCUCGAGUGCUCCGGCACUCACCGCAGUCUCGGUGUGCACCUGAGCUUCGUCCGUUCCGUGAUCAUGGAUUCGUGGAGCGAGUCUCAGCUUAAGCGGAUGGAAGUGGGAGGGAAUUCUGCCUGGAACGAUUUCCUUGACCGAUACGCUGAUUCGACGGAGACUGCGACAAUAGCGAAGAAAUACGCGUCGCCUGCCGCUCAGUUUUACCGGGAAAAGCUGGAUGUGCUUGUGGCUGGUCGAGCGUGGACCCCCCCGCCUGGACUGACGCCCAAGCAAAAGACAGUGGCGCGCUCUACUCUGUCAACUGCAUCCCGAGCUUCUUCUGCUGCGUCAAGAAACAGCAGAAGAUGCACCGCUCCUCCCGCACGAGCCGUCGCCUCGCAAAGUUGGGAUGACUGGGGUGAGGGCUGGGGUACCGUCGGAGCCAACUCUUGAGACGGUCGCCUCGCCUGAGCUGUUAAUAUUAACCAUGUACAACCUGCCGGCCUGGAACGUACCGUGCGUAUGGGGGAAUUAAGAAGCGGUUUUAACUCCUUCACGCGGUUAUGUUGCGCCGCGAUGAUCGAAGUGGCGGAGCAGUAAUGCUCGCACGCUGAGGCAUGUCCAGUAGUUUUCUCAAAGCAUGCGUUUCUCCCUCUUGUGCUUUGUCCAAAGUAUAUUUUAUUCUUUCAAACGGAAUAUGACCAC